AUGAAAGUUAAAAAAGUGUUGGAAAAUAUUUUGUGCUGUGGAUUCGAAAAAAAGAUUCCUAAAGAACUAAUAAAAUCGGUUAAAGAUAUAUUAAAACAUAAUGAUAAUAAAAAGAAAGAUGAAAUAAAAGAACUAUUUGAAUAUAUAUCAAAUAUUUUAAACAAAGGUUUUGAAAAUGAUGGUAUAUUGAAUGGAGGUAUAAAUUCUUUAGAUAAUGAAAAAAAAAAAAAAAUAAUUUUUAAUAAUAUAAAAAAAAUAUUUAAAACAUUAAUUUUAUUCAAAAACCAAAAUGAAUACAUAGAAUUGCUUUCAGAUUUUUUAUUUCAUUUAUAUAAAUAUAUGAGAAUAUUGAAUGUGAAAAAAUGUUACAAACUUUUGAAGAAAACCAUUUUUAUACUGGAUAAUGAUAAUAAGAAAAUUCAAAAUUAUAUUCGACCAAACGGGGAACGAAGCGGAGAACGAAGCGGAGAACGAAGCGGAGAACGAAGCAAGAACAAAAACGUAGGAAAUGAUGAUGUGAGAGAUGAUGUGAGAGAUGAAGCGAAAGAUGAAGCGAAAGAUGAUGUAAAAGAUGAUGUGAAAGAUGAAGGAGAUGUGGUAAAUGCAAACAACUUUAUUCUAAAUUUUUUAAUAAACAGUAAUAUAUUAAUUUAUUUGGAAAGGCUUAAGAAGGAAGAUAAACAAAAUUUAUGUUAUGAUGAACAUUAUUUUUAUAUAAAUUUAAAAAAUAAAAUAUUAAAUAAAAAAUAUAUAUUAACAGUUUGUAAUAAUAAUAAUAUUUUGAUGUGUUUUUUAAAAUAUCCCAAAUUUCCUAUAUAUAUAGACACAUUAUUUAAUUUAUUUUUUUUUGUUCGAAAUGAUUUGGAUGUAUUUUUUUUAAAAAAUAUUUUUAAGAAGAUAUCAGAUAUAGUUAAUAUAAAAAAUAAUGAGAUAAAUAAAAAAUUUACAAUAAAAAAAUAUUAUAAUUUAUUAUUUUAUGGAUAUUUUUUUUAUAAAAUAAAAAUAAUAAUAUAUAUGUAUUUAUAUCCUAUGAAAUGCAAAUAUAUAUUAAAUGAUAAAAUUGAAGGUUCAAUAAUUAUAGAUAUAUAUAGAAAUAUAUUAAAAGAUUAUAAAAAUAGUUUAUAUUAUUGUAUAAGUGUAAUAAAUAAUAAUAAAAAAAAUAAUCUUUAUAAUUUUUGUAUAGCUAUUAUAUAUAUAAUAAAUUUAAUAUAUACAAAUCAUAAUACUAUUUUAAAAGUAUUUCCUCAAAAUAGUGAUAAUAUAGCACUUAAAAAAUAUCAAUAUAUUUUUAUGCAAUAUCAAAAUAUAUUUAAAAAAAUGUUUCAAAAUUGUAACAAUGAACAAAAUAUAGAAAAUCAAGUACGAAAAAUUGUGUCCAAUAUUAAAAUGUUUAAGGGAGAUAGCAUAAAUAAUAAAAAAAAAAAUGGAAUAUUAAAAAAAUGUGGAUUGCACAAAUUUGUAUAUCAAGAGAUUCCAGAAAAAGAUUUUUGUUAUACAACAGUAUUUUCUUAUUUUUAUAUUUUAACAAAAAGAAUUAUUCAAAUUUAUGAUUUUCCUAACACAUUAAAUGAUAUCAUAUUUUACAAAAAAUUUUUUAUAAAUAAAUUAUAUAAUCAAGUUAAACAAAAUAAAGGAAAUUUUGAUCAAGAAAAUUAUUCAAAAAUUAUUUAUAAUAAUAUAUUAUUAGAUAAUGUUAAACAUACAUUAUGUCUUUAUAUUAAUAUUGACAAAAAUAUAUUAAAUUUUUAUUUUUUGAGUGAAUUUUAUAAAUUUUUAAUAAAUAAACAUAUAAAUUAUAGGACCUUAUAUAAUAUGCUUAUUUAUGAUACCAAUAAUAAAUAUAACAAAAUUAAUAUUUUUCUUUUUUACCAAAAAAUUAUAUUAAAAAAUAUUUUAAAUUAUGCAUUAUUAAUAAGUGGCGAUAAAAAGGAUGGUAAUAAUAACAAUGUUGGGUUAGUAUAUUUUUUAAAAAAAGAAAAUGAUAAGUUUUCUAAACUUAAAAUAAAUGAGUUUAAUAUAAACAGUAAAGAUAUAAAUAAUAUAGCUUCUUUAAAAGCAGAAAAUUUAUUUGUUAUAUUAAAAAAUAUCGAUUUUGUAAAUUUAAAUGAUAAUAAUAGCAAUAGCAAAGGUUUUAUGUUUAAUAAAAAUGUUAUUAACAUUCUUAUGCACCAAUUAACAAAAGAAGGGUUAGGAUUAUUUAAUUCUAUACACAAAACUAAUUUGAAAGAAAAAAAAAAUGAAGAAACAAAAAAAAUGAUAUAUAAUAAAUUAAAAAAAGAAAUUAUAAUUAUAUUUAAAAGUAUUUAUAAUUUUUCAAAUUCAAUUUUAUCCAUUUUUAACCUUGCCAAGUCAGGUGAAAAAUGUGUACUUUGCAUAAAUGAAAAAAAACAACAUAUUUUAACAACAUGUAAUUAUUAUGAUAAAAUAAAACAUAAAAAUAAAAAAAAUAGUGAUACAAAAUUUGUUUAUUUAAGCUUUAGAAAAGAAUGGGGAGGAAAAAAAAAACAUUUUUAUUUUAUUAAAAAUUGUAUAAAAUUAUAUGUAAAUAUUAUUGAAAACAUAUUUAAGAAUAUUAAAGAAAAAGAAAUUGAUAUUUUAAAUCAACUUGGUGUAGCUAUUCUGUUUGCAUUCGAUUUUAUUAUAUUUUAUGUUGUUAAUAAUAUGACUAUAGAAAAUGAUCCUAAAUCAAAAAUAUUUAAACUUAAAAAGGUGUAUAAUAAUGUAUUCGCAGAAGUAUGCAAUAUACAUGAAGCGAUGAAGAAAAUUGCAAAUGGAAAAAGUGGAAAAAGUGAAAAAAAUGAAGAGAGUGGUGAACACUGUUUGGUAGCUUUGUCGGAGAUACAGACAAAUUUAACCAAAUUUUCAAAAUAUUAUUACUUUAUAAAUAAAAAAUUAAAUACACAAAUUGAUAAGAAUUAUUUAUCUUUAUUUGUUAAUUAUAACCAUUUACAAAAAAAAAGCGAAAAAAAAAAAAUGCAAACUUUAUAUAUUUCAAAAAAAAUAUUUAAGCAACUAAAAGAUACAAAAAUUGAUGGAAUAUUAAAAGAUACAAAGAUUGAUGAAAUUAAAAGUGACAUUGAAAACGGAGAUGGUGUUGAAAACGGAGAUGAUGUUGAAAGGGGAGAUGGUGUUGAAAGCGGAGAUGACAUUAUUGUUUCUAACUCGGCACUUUUAGACAUAUUAGCGGAAAGUUCGACUAAGGAUCACACAAAAAUUGUUGGUAAUGUUGGUAAUGGUGGUAAUGGUGGGAAUGCCGAAACGAAUAAUGAACCCACUGUGGAAAAGAAGAAAGCACAUACUGAUGUAUUCUAUAACAUAAACGCUUUACUAACAUUAUUAAAAGUGAAUUCCAAAAGACAAAAUCUUAAAGAAUCCAUUUCAUCUUUAUUUUUUUUGCUCAAAUCGACUAUCUUACUAUCGAAGCGAAUUAAAGUGGCGAGCAAGCGGGUCGGCAUGCUGGCCAAGGCGGAGAAAGAGGCGGUGGAAGAUGAGGAGGAAAAUGAGGUAGAAAAUGAGGAAAAAGAAGCAGAUGCAGAGGAAGAGGCAGAGGAAGAGGCGGUGGAAGAUGAGGAGGAAAAUGGGGUAGAAAAUGAGGAAAAAGAAGCAGAUGCAGAGGCAGAGGCAGAGGAAGAAGCCGAGGCAGAGUCCGAAACAGAGGGCGAGUCGGAAGAUGCGGCAGAAAACGAAUACAUAGUCAACGCGAGGAAGGUGGGGAAUAUGUAUAUAGAAGAUAUGCUAAAUUUGGAUAAAAAAAUAAGACACUAUAUUGUUUGCUCCAAAAUAGAUAGAAAAGUAAAAAUAGAAGUUAGUGAUAAUGAAGAAGGGUUAAUAGAAAAAUAUGUAAUAAAAAUAUUAAUAAUGUUAAUAAAAAAUGGUAAAAAUAAUUCUGAUAUUAUAAAUUUAUGUUUAAAAUGCUUAGAUUUUUAUAAUAAUAUUGAAAAUAAAAUUUUUAAAAAAAAAAAAAAAAAUAUUGUAAUUAACUAUUUAUAUGAAUUUGUACAAAUAAUUAUGUUUACAAAAAAAACAAGAAAAUGUUACUCAAAAUUUUUAAUAAACUUUUUUAAAAGCUCAUUUAUAAAAUAUAUAAAUGGUGAUGAAAUAUUUAGUAAACAAUUUAGUGGGAAAAAAAUAUUUCCAAUUCUUUUACAAAAAUUUACGUCAGAUUUUUAUAUUUAUAAUUAUAUAAAUGAUGAGAAAAAAAUAAAUGUAAUGAAUAUGAAGGAAAAACAAAAUGUGUCAAAGAUGUUAUUUGAAACUGUGUUCCAAAAGGUCGGAAAAAAAGAGGGAGAAAAUGGCGGUGAAAAGGAAGAAGUUGAAAAUGGCGGUGAAAAGGAAGAAGUUGAAAAUGGCGGUGAAAAGGAAGAAGUUGAAAAUGGCGGUGAAAAGGAAGAAGUUGAAAAUGACGGUGAAAAGGAAGAAGUUGAAAAUGACGGUGAAAAGGAAGAAGUUGAAAAUGACGGUGAAAAUUUUGAGAAUUAUGUUAAUUGUAUAGUGAAUAAAGAAGAAAAUAACAAAACCAUUUUAACCUCAUCCAAUUUAGAUGAAUUAAAAAAUAUAGUACAUAAUAUUUUUAUAGAAUUAAAUUGUGUACUAAAUCAAAACAAUCCAUAUCUUUUUAAUAAAAAGCGAAAUUUAACACUCAUAUUAUUAUUAAAAAAUAUAUGUCAGAUUAUAUUUAUUAAUGAUCCUAAUAUAUUAUUAUUUAAAAAUCAAUUUAUUAAUAAUUAUAUGAAUGAAAUUAUCACAUUUAAAAAUAAGUUAGAUGAAAAAAUAAAUACACAACAGAUUUCUAUUAAUAUAAAUAACUUUUACAAAAAAAUUGAAAAACUAAUUAAAUUUGUUCAUAUUAAUGAUGAUAUAAAUAAUUCCAAAAAUAUUAAUACUCCUCACAAUUUUGCUAAAAAUAAACGCCCAAUAAAUGAUGAUAUGCGUAACGUAAAAAAGGUUAAGGUCUAA